AUGUGGUCCGGAGGCAGUGGGAAGGCGCGGGGCUGGGAGGCCGCGGCGGGAGGGAGGAGCGGCCCCGGCAGGCUCAGCCGCCGCCGAAUCAUGUCGAUGAGUCCAAAGCACACGACUCCGUUCUCAGUGUCUGACAUCUUGAGUCCCCUGGAGGAAAGCUACAAGAAAGUGGGCAUGGAGGGCGGCGGCCUCGGGGCUCCGCUGGCGGCUUACAGGCAGGGCCAGGCGGCACCGCCGGCCGCGGCCAUGCAGCAGCACGCCGUGGGGCACCACGGCGCAGUCACCGCCGCCUACCACAUGACGGCGGCGGGGGUGCCCCAGCUCUCGCACUCCGCCGUGGGGGGCUACUGCAACGGCAACCUGGGCAACAUGAGCGAGCUGCCGCCGUACCAGGACACCAUGCGGAACAGCGCCUCGGGCCCCGGAUGGUACGGCGCCAACCCAGACCCGCGCUUCCCCGCCAUCUCCCGCUUCAUGGGCCCGGCGAGCGGCAUGAACAUGAGCGGCAUGGGCGGCCUGGGCUCUCUGGGGGACGUGAGCAAGAACAUGGCCCCGCUGCCAAGCGCACCGCGCCGGAAGCGCCGGGUGCUCUUCUCCCAGGCGCAGGUGUAUGAGCUGGAGCGACGCUUCAAGCAACAGAAGUACCUGUCCGCGCCGGAGCGCGAGCACCUGGCCAGCAUGAUCCACCUGACGCCCACGCAGGUCAAGAUCUGGUUCCAGAACCACCGCUACAAGAUGAAGCGCCAAGCCAAGGACAAGGCGGCCCAGCAGCAACUGCAGCAGGACAGCGGCGGCGGCGGCGGGGGCGCGGGGUGCCAGCAGCAGCAGCAGCAAGCGCAGCAGCAGUCCCCGCGCCGCGUGGCCGUGCCGGUCCUGGUGAAAGACGGCAAACCCUGCCAGGCGGGCGCCCCCGCGCCGGGCGCCGCCAGCCUGCAAGGCCACGCGCAGCAGCAGGCGCAGCAGCAGGCGCAGGCCGCUCAGGCGGCCGCGGCAGCCAUCUCAGUGGGCAGCGGUGGCCCCGGCCUGGGUGCCCACCCGGGCCACCAGCCGGGCAGCGCGGGCCAGUCUCCGGACCUGGCGCACCACGCCGCCAGCCCCGCGGCGCUGCAGGGCCAGGUCUCCAGUCUGCCCCACCUGAACUCCUCGGGCUCGGACUACGGCACCAUGUCGUGCUCCACCUUGCUGUACGGUCGGACCUGGUGA